AAUUUGUGGGUAUCUAGUAGAUUUUUCUUUCAAAUUCAUUUCAUGCAAAAUUUAUUAUAUUCUGCCAACAUUUACUGCCACCGAAUUCCACCAUCAAUUCGCCGUAGUUUUUGUCGCCACACUGAUGGCAGUGACGGCAUCAGUCAGCUGUCAUCAGCCGACAGCUGUUGUCAAGAGAGGUUAUGUGUGGACGUCCUGGGAUUUGGACAAUAUUGUUAUUUUCGUGCAUAUUUCUUUUGUGUAAAGUUUAAUAUAUAUUUGUGUUUAAUAUACAAGAGUUAUUAAUUCCGCUCAAUGUUAUAUAUAAACACAAGAAAAGUGUACUCGAAAGUUCUAUAUUCGAUAGCUGUUUACGUUGUGUUGUCCCAUGUAUAUAUGAUUCAUUAUUUUGUUCAUUGUAAUAGUUUUUAACAUACUGUCACUAUGCCUGUACCGUGCAGGAGAGACUGCGGUAAAAAUGCAGUUCUGAAGCGUCCUAAAACAGGUGACGCUCUUUGCAAGGAAUGCUUUUUCUGGGCUUUCGAAACAGAAAUCCACUAUACCAUUACAAAGGCAGAGUUAUUUAAUAAAGGUGACUCAGUUGCAAUUGGUGCAUCAGGUGGUAAAGAUUCCACUGUAUUGGCUUAUGUACUAAAAACAUUAAACCAACGAUACAAUUAUGGAUUGAACCUGCUACUGCUCUCAAUAGAUGAAGGUAUCACAGGAUACAGAGAUGAUAGUCUUGAGACUGUUAAACAGAAUCGGGAUGACUAUGAAAUGCCUUUGAAAAUAUUGUCAUACAAAGAUUUGUAUGGCUGGACUAUGGAUGAAAUCGUGGCGCAGAUUGGAAGAAAGAACAACUGCACUUUUUGUGGGGUGUUCAGAAGGCAGGCUCUUGACAGAGGGGCGGCCAUGCUAGAUGUGAAAUGCAUAGCAACAGGGCACAAUGCUGAUGACAUUGCUGAGACAGUUCUAAUGAAUGUGCUGAGGGGAGAUAUUGCUCGCUUGAAGAGGUGCACAGCUAUUUCUACUGGUAGUGAAGGCACAAUUCCAAGAGUAAAACCUCUAAAGUACACUUAUGAGAAGGAGAUUGUAAUGUAUGCUCAUUACAAGAAGCUGGUCUACUUCUCCACAGAGUGUGUGUUUGCUCCCAACGCAUAUAGAGGUCAUGCUCGGGCCUUGCUGAAGGAUAUGGAGAAGAUCAGGCCUUCUUGUAUUAUGGACAUUAUCUAUUCAGGUGAAACAAUGUCAGUAAAGGAACAAGUAUCCUUACCUACUCAGAGGAUAUGCAGCAGGUGCAAGUUUGUAUCAUCUCAGGAGGUCUGCAAGGCAUGCGUCCUUCUGGAAGGACUCAACAAAGGACUGCCCAAGCUCGGCAUUGGGAAGAGCUCGAAAGCAAAGAGAAUGCUCGAAGAAUACAAUUCUAAACAAACACAGAAUGAAAGCAAUAAGUUAGAGGAAGCUGUGAAAGAUCUAAAGGAUGUUAGUAAUGUUGCAACAGAUAAAAGUAAAGGCUUAUGUAGGAAUAAGAAGAAUACUAAUAAAGAAAAUGAUAAUGUUGAUAAUAAGUGCAAUAAAAAUAACUGUUGUGGAGGAACAUGUAAGAGUAAUGCUAAAAAUAUCGAUCCAGCUGUGAGCAAUAAGAAAUUAAACAUGCUACUUGAACAAUACGGUUUGGAUGAACAAAACACAGAGGAUCUUUCAAAUACAGAAAAAGCAAAUGGGUCUCAUAUAGAAGGUGAGAACUCAGAUAAUGAGGAACCAACAGUUAAUGGCGACGACGAAGAUGACACCUGUUCCAGCUCAUGUGGCAGACUGGGCUCACUACAAAUAGGUUUCUGACAUCAAUAAAACAUAUGUAUAUUACAAA